UAACAUCGAUUUAGGGACAAAGUGUUAGAUCUGAGGGGGUAAGGGGGUUAAAACCAAACAACCUCAGAUGGAGUCAUGCUAAUAUAUGUAUAGAAAGAACGAUUUUAAGCAAGCUCAGUCAAUGGUAAAUGAUCCCCCAUGAUGCAAGUUUAUCCUUAACCAUAGCCCUCGACAUGUUACCUAAGGUCCUAUUAUCCAUCUCGGUUUGCCCAUCCGUUUGGGGAUCACAACGGGUGGAAAACAGUAACUUGGUUCCCAAUCUUCCACAUAGUACCCUCCAAAAGUGACUAAGGAACUUUAAGUCCCUAUCACUUACAAUAGUGCUAGGUUUGCCAUGUAACUUCAUAACAUGCUCAACAAAUAAAGAAGCAACUUGAGAUGCAUCAUCACUCUUGUAACAUGCGUCAUCACUCUGUAACAAGGUAUAAAAUGGGCCAUUGUGGAGAAUCUACCCACUACAACAAAUAUGCGGUCUCUACCUUUUCAAGUCCUAGUCAAACCAAGCACAAAAAUCCAUGAAUUGUUCAACUAAGGUCCACUAGCAAUAAGCAAUGAGGUAUACAACCCCUGGGUUAGUGACCUAGACUUAGCUUGCGUACACUCAACUACUCAAGACAUUGACCAUAAAUCUGCUCUGCAUCAAACCUCAUUUUAGGCCAAUAGAAGUGUUCUCCUAAGAUAUCCAAAGUCUUAGGCACUCCAAACUCCGAGUGUCCCGUUAAUCCCCCAUUAUGAGCUUUCCUCACAAACAACUCUCUCCAAGAAGAGAUAGGGACAUACAAUUUCCCAUCUCUGAACAAAUGACCAUCUUGCUUAUGAAACUUUCUAUACUUAUCUUAUCCAUGCUUCUAAAUGGCCUCAUUAAAGUCAUGAUCACUAGGAUAUAGUUCUUUCAAGCUCUCAAAUCCCAUUAACCAGAUCAAGGUAUUUAUUAAAGCAUGCCUCCUAGAAAGUGCAUAUGCCAUAUCUUGCUUAUAGUGGAUCACAUGUAAAAGAAUCUCUAUGAACUCAAUCAACUUAUUAUGUCUCUCUUUCAGCUUACUUGACUCUUAAGAUACCUCAAUGACUCAUGAGUGAUCUUAAUGACAAAUUCGUUAGGCCACAAGUAAUUUUGCCAAUUAGCUAAGGUCCUAACUAAUGCAUAAAGCUCCUUAUCAUAAGUAGAGUAAUUCAAUGUAGUCCACUUCAACUUCUCACUAAUAUAGGUUAUAUGGUUUGAUCUUGCAUUGGGACCGUUCCUAUACCUAAAUCCACCCUUCUUGUUCCCUGCCUUCCUCCCCAUACCUAACUCUUUCCUUCCCCCUGCCCUUCCUCUCCCCUUGUCUUCCCCUUCCUCCAACGACCAAACCUCAGGUCAAAAUUCUGGGUCCAUCCAAACUCUAUAUCCCCUUACCCCAUCAUCCAUUAUUAUUAUAGAUAUAGGAACCCUUCCCCCUUUCUCACCAUGAUUCUCACCCUAGACAUAUCAUGCAUACUACAAACAACAUCAACAAAACCCCCGUAAAGAUCCCCCAACCUUCUUGAAUUAGUCAACACAUCGCUGAUGAACCGGUAGCCCGCCAAAUUUACCACCAUAGUCUCGGCAGAAAAUAGUCAGUCAACAUACCCAUCUUUCCAGCUCCAAUAAACAACCACUAAACGACUUUUUGCAAAAGUCUUGGCAGCCUGUUCCUCAUUCACAAAACGAAGUAGGAAUUUCAUGUCACCAAGCUACAUAAUCUUCAACCAUCUGCUAUUUCCCAUUCUUCAGCAGUUCAGUUUCUGAUUGCCUCCAGGGAACCUACCCAUUUAUAAAAAACCCAACUACUGAAAAACCCUUUUCUCUUCAGUGUGUGAUCUGACAGAGAGAGCCAAGGUUCCUUCACUUGUUCCUGUCUCUGGCAGCUUUCGCCUAGUUUUAAGACUGGCCAUGCUAAUGCUUUGUAUGACAUCUAGAUUCUUGAGAGAAUUAGGAGCAUCUCUCUUUAGCCAUGAUGGGGAGUGCACGAAUAAAAGUUAGCUACUUCAGAACAUGUAUAAGAGAAGACAAUGAAGCUGUAGUAUGGAAAAAGCCAAAGUCCACAAACUUGAGGUCACUGGUAAGUCGUGCAUAAAUGUUGCUCUUCUCUUCGUUUCACCUGAAAAUGUUGGUGAAUGCAUUCGUUUGACUGAGGAAUUUCGCAAACUUCCCCAAGAUCAUGUUGCCAAAGAAGACAAAUUAGAGGUCAAAAAGAUGAUUCUUUAUGCCAUGAGGGAAGCUAUUGAAUACCUGGCAACGAUAAGUCAGAAUGAGGAUUCAUAUCGCCGACCCAUGCCACAAGCAACUCCACCAACAUCCUCGGUCAUUGUGGGACAAUCAGAGGAUAUGGCACCAGGCGGAAGGAAAAUAUCUUCUGCUAUCGAAAAUGAGCUGGGUAGAACCCCUCAAGCUGAUUGUGGAAGUCCUGUUUCAAGUUCUCUUCUUCCUGCAAAAAAGGCCAUGGCACAAGCAACUCUGCUGUCAUCCUCAGACAUUGUGGGACAGUCAGAGGACAUGGCACCAGCUGGAAGGAAAAUAUCUUCUGCUAUCGAAAAUAAGCUGGUUAGAACCCCUCAAGCUGAUCAUCGAAGUCCUGUUUCAAGCCCUCUUCUUUCUGUAAAAAAGGCCAUGCCACUAGCAAGUCCGCCAAGAUCCCUGGAUUUCGUGGGACAUGCAGAGGACAUGCCACCAUGCAGAAGGAAAAUAUCUUCUGCUAUUGAAAAUGAGCUGGCCAUGCCACAAGCAAAUCAGCCAACAUCCUCGGACAUUAUGGGACAGCCAGAGAACAUAGCACCAGCCAGAAGAAAGAUAUCUUCUGCUAUGGAAAAUGAGCUGGUUAGAACUGCUCAAGAUGAUUGCUGAAGUCCUGUUUCAGAUCAUCUUCUUUCUGCAAACAUGGCCAUGGCACAAGCAACUCCGCCAACAUCCUCAGACAUUGUGGGACAGUCAGAGGACAUGGCAGCAGCCAGAAGGAAAAUAUUUUCUGCUAUCGAAAAUGAGCUGGCCAUAACCCCUCAAGCUGAUUGUCGAAGUCCUGUUUCAAGUCAUUUUCUUUCUGUGAAGGUAGUAAAGUCAUCCUGAUAGCUUCUUUAAUAUGGUUUUCCUGGAUUUAUCUUGUUCUCUACCAAUGCAUGAAGCAGGAUCAACCCAAUGAAAGCAUAUCUGUACCUAAUCAGAGUCGAACUCCAACAGUAAUUCAAGAUGUGAACUCAACUUUCCUCAAAG